CACAUGUUGAAUGGCGUAUGAUAAACCAGGAAAUACAAACCUGAUGUCAGCAGAAAGCUCUCUUUUAGUGAUUAAGUCAGUGCACGCUAACUUUCUCGCUUUAGAGUCGCUUCUGCUGAUCACAGGCUUGCGCGUCUGUGAGUCUCGCUUGUGAUCGAUCAUGCAAGCCAGUCAGAUAUCGCUGUUUCUUUGUCUGCUAUCAUGCUCUGCGUCCCUCGGGACUCGAUACACGCCCGACUGGACCAGUUUGGACUCCAGACCUAUUCCUGAAUGGUACGACGAGGUGAAGUUCGGGAUCUUCGUUCACUGGGGGGUGUUUUCGGUGCCCGCGUUCGGCAGCGAGUGGUUCUGGUAUUACUGGAAGAUCGCACUAAAACCUGAAUACAUCCUGUUCAUGACCAAAAACUACCCGCUUGGAUUCAGAUAUGCAGACUUCGCACCUGAUUUCCACGCGCAGUUUUUCGAUCCUGACCAGUGGGCUGAUAUCUUCGAAGCUUCAGGAGCGAAGUACGUGGUCCUCACGUCCAAACACCACGAGGGGUUCACAAACUGGGGGUCCCCGACCUCCUGGAAUUGGAAUUCUGUUGAUAAUGGACCUCACAGGGAUCUGGUUGGAGAUCUGGGCGAUGCGAUAAGAAGGAGGUCUCUGCAUUAUGGACUCUACCAUUCGCUGUAUGAAUGGUUCAAUCCCAUCUACCUGAGCGACAAGCAGUCUGGUUUCAAGACCCAGGAUUUUGUUGAAAAAAAGACCAUGCCAGAGCUCUACGAACUGGUUAAAAGGUACAAGCCAGACUUGAUUUGGUCAGAUGGGGACUGGGAAGCACCUGACACUUACUGGAACUCGACAGGAUUCCUGGCCUGGCUCUACAACGACAGUCCGGUCAAAGAUGUGGUGGUGACCAAUGACAGAUGGGGGGCGGGCUGUUACUGUAAACACGGAGGCUAUUACAACUGUGCUGACAAGUUCACUCCUGGACAGCUGCCCAAUCACAAGUGGGAGAAAUGCCAGUCAGUGGACACAAUAUCAUGGGGUUAUCGCCGAAAUAUGAAGCUUAGCGAACUGAUGGAUCUACCGUCCAUUAUAAAGGACAUGGUCUAUGUGGUGGCAUUAGGAGGGAAUUAUCUGUUGAAUGUGGGGCCCACAUCAGACGGCAUGAUUGCACCUGUCUUUGAGGAACGUCUCCGAGGGAUUGGAGCCUGGCUGAAGGUCAAUGGUGAAGCUAUCUAUGCAACCAAGCCUUGGAGAGUUCAGGCCGAGAAUGCUACAGUUCCCGUUUGGUAUACGUCAAAAAGCAGCACAGUGUAUGCAAUCUUCACCUCCAAUCCCAUGCAGAGCUCCUUUAAGCUCUUAACUCCUAAAACCUCCUACAAUACAGUGGUGACUUUGUUGGGGAACCCAGAGCCUCUGAAAUGGGCUCCUCUGCAGACAACAGGACUGAUUGUUCUGCUGCCUGAUCUGCCUUUCACACCCGCUGAUGCCUGGACCCUCAAACUGGAUGAGGUGGCCUAAAGCCUUUAACAUCAUUUUGUAGAUUUUAAUUAGAUUCUGAAGGACAUUUAUUUUCCUCCAUAUUUGCCUACUUGAAAAUUGACACGUUUGAAUGGCCUUAAAUAAAGUAUGUUCAGGAAGAGCCUUAUCUUUCAGUCCUGUCAAUCAUCACUGUGACUGUAAAUAAGCAGUAGUCGUUUACAAUUAUCUAGCUUAUUUUUUGUUUGUUUAUUAUUAUCUAGCAAGCAUUAGAGAAAAUCAGCUCUUGUACAUUUAACUACUUUUCCACUUAAUGUGGGAACGUGACAAACAUGUUCCCAAUGUUUUAAUGAGAACUGAAAUCAAAACCAAUUAAAAUUAUUUGUCAUUUUGAUGUUCUGUAAAAAGUUGUUUUUAAUUAUUUUUAAAUACUCAGGUUUUCAAAUUUUGCUGUUUAUUGUUAUUUCUGCAAUCAUUAUUUAUACUUUUUUUUGUACCACACAUGCCUGAAUUUUGUAAUGCACUUGUAUUUCUAAAAGAUGUUAUAUAGAGUUUAAUUGCUCAAUAAAAAUGACCAACUGAAUGGCACAUCAGAAGCAAA